CCUUUGAGACGCACAGUUCGUAAGCAGUGGGAUUAUUCUGAACGUUCGUAAUCAGUCAACUUAUAAGUAACCUAAUGAAUUACAAUUUACCCGCAGCUUAGCCGGGAUGAACUCAUAACCGCCUCGUUGCUGUCAAAAGUGGCGGGGAUCGUGUCAUCGAAGCUGCUGUGCCCGGAGACCCAGCUCUCAAUCACGGCCCACUACAACAUCGACCACUACGAGAGCCCGGAAAGAAGCGCCGUUCACGCGGUAGCUGCUGGCAUGGUGACAGUGUUGGCCAUGGCGUCAAGCACUGCAUGGAGCCUGGUCACCUUCCUGUCCGCAGAGGCCUGCCUGAACGAAGUGUGCAAGACAAUGUCAAAGCUGGUCUUUUUGCCCGAACUCACGCCACACGUAGUGCUAACGUGGCUGCUGAAACCGCUGGUACUUCUCAUGGGCAUCCAGGAGGCAGAGAUGCACUCCGCCGCCGACCUGCUGGCAGCCAGCGUACUCGACAACGAUGUCGUCGCACUCAUGCGACACGCUGCCAACGGCCCCUUGUCGGUACGCUCCUUGAACGUGCCGCAAAUUCACCAAAGACUGCGACGUCGGAGUUAUGGGCGCCGUGUUGUCAGUUGCUUUCCCUCGAGGAUUUAG